AUGAUGUCCUCAGCGGCAAGCUCUGCAUCCUCGGUGCAGAGCGGGCGAUCAGGAGGGAUGGAGGCAAACCCGACUCAUGGCCAUGGCCAUACCUAUAGCCAUGACCAUAACCGUGCCCAGCCAGACCUGGAUACGCUGGUGUCGCACCUUGCAGCCGCCAAGCGGUCCCUCUCCUCCAUUCACCAUGUCUGGAGGGCCAACGAGAUCGUGACUGCUGCACGCGCGGCAUUAGAGGAGAGUGUCAUUGUCUCGGCCCGGACCGGCUUCCUACGUCGAGGCUUGGACGAACAGAUCCGGCUCCUCUACAAGGUAAGGACCGAAGUAGAAAACGUAGCCCACCGUGGCCGGGCCGAGUUUGCUGCUGCCAUCAAGGAGCUUGAUACGGUCGACAGCAAACUACAGCAGACUCUCGACAGUCUAAGACAGACCACCCUUGAGCGGGGUUUCCGCUCGCUGGAGCAGCAGCAGGAAGAAGCAGAGAAAGGCGUAUCCAAGACGCUACACGAUUUCAUCGAUGAGCAUGCCGUAGACGACAUCCAGUCACUGCUCAAAGACGCCAUAGACAACGUCAGCGCAGCCCAGUCAGAGCUCGACGUAUCCAAUCGAGCUUUUGACAAUGAUCUUCAGUCUAUCCAGCAGGCCCUGGAUAAGUACAAGCUCUCUAUCAAACGGGGCUCUGUCUCCUCUCUCAGCCUGUCUGCUUCUUCUUCUGCAUCCCGUGUCAAAAUGCCGACCCCAACGGUGAUACCGGAAUUGCUUCACUCGCUCGAGUUGAACGCGCAGGAGAUGGCAGACCUGCUGGAAUCAUUGGUGCGCCACUUUGAUCUAUGCGUUACCGCUGUCAAGCAUACCGAGGGUGGUGGGGUACUUGCACGAAACAUCACGGGAGACCUCCCCACCGACGUCGGUAUCGGAAUCCGGGCCGGUGGAAACCCACAACUAAACACCGACGAUAGCAACAACAACAACAACAGCUACAACGAUGAUGCCGGCAAUCCAAACCCACAACUAGAGCCUCUUACCGACUCAGACUACCGCGACAUGAUCGCCGUCAUUGCCAAGGACGCAGGGGAGGCAGAAGAUGUCGUGCUUGAGAUCCAGGAUCGCAUAACUGAGAUGGAAUCUACUCUAGAAAGAGUACUUGAACAGCGAGACUCGCUCAUCACCGCAAGCGUAUUUACCACUGCUGUAUUUCGCCGGCUGGACGAGUUCGAAUCAACCCGUCUACCGGAAUACGUAGCACAAUCCCAUAAAUUCGAGCAAACAUGGAACACAGAACAUGAACGCAUGGAGUCAGGUAUGGCCGACCUGAACGACCUGCGAGGCUUGUACAUGGGCUUCCUAGAUGCAUACGAUGGCCUCAUUCUCGAAGUUGCGAGACGGAUGAGUGCUAAAAAGGCUGCUGAGGACAUUCUAAAGGAUGCUCGGGCAAGGUUAGAUGCGUUGUAUGAGGAAGAUGUUCGAGCACGAGAGGCCUUCAGAAUAGAUCAGGGUGAUUACCUUCCUUCAGAUAUCUGGCCGGGCCUAAGCAUGCCGCCGAGUAGAGUUGUGUUUCGAAGGAUUCGUGCAGAUGAUGACGCUGCCCAAGAAGACAAGGAUGAAACGACACCGGAUGUGAAGCCGGAUGAUGUUGAGCAGCAGCAGCAACAGGACCCUGAAGGCGAUGUCCGGUCUUCGACUAAACAGAGCCGCGAUGGAAAGGAGGAUUUCGGCGAAAGUAUCCCCAACCUGCCCAAGCACGUCAUAGAGCAGGCGUUUGCCCGUCUUAACUCAAGGGGCACAAGCCUCCCUUCAUAG